AUGGCGUCCCCAGCCGAGGCUCUUUUCCAGUGUGGCAUCAAAGCAUUUUGGAUCUGGCUCUCUGUCGCAUCUACGCUUGCCUUGCUGAUUCAAUACAAGAUCGCCGGACUUUUAGUGUUGAAGUUCCUCUACAACAUCUCUCCUUUCCACCCACUGCACAAAUACCCAGGGCCUUUUCUCUGGAGAGCAUCACGCAUUCCUGCAUCUUAUCAUCAUGCGACUGGUGACCUCUACCAGUGCAUUGCUGCCAUACAUGCUCAGUAUGGGAACACAGUCCGCAUCGCCCCUGACGAGCUCUCAUUCAGCGCUCCCGAGGCAUGGCCGCAAAUCUACAACUCUCGACCGCAGCUGGGUAAGACUCAGUAUCAUUUUGCACCACCUGAUACCGAGCGGCUACCUCACAGUAUGAUCACUGCUCCUGACGCAGAGCACGCCCGGAUCAGGCGUCUCGCUGGCCCCGCUUUCUUGAACGCCGGCAUCGCAGAAGUCGAGCCCGUGCUCCAGCACUACACCGACCUGCUCUGUUCACAGCUGGCCGUGGCCAGUGCGGAAGGCUCGCAGAACAUCGUGGAAUGGUUUCUUUGGGCCUUGAACGAUGUCAUCGGCCAAUUGGCGCUCGACCAAGAAUUCCAGUGCCUUGAGAAGCGACGCAUGCAUCCUUGGCCACGCUUCCUACUCUCCGUGUUGAAGCAAACUGCUGCUCUCAAUCAGUUCAGACGCUUCGGUCUUUCGAUGAACCUUCUAAAGCCACUGCUGAGCAAGAAGAUGAUUGACGAGCGUGACAACUUCCUGAAUUUGGCCAAGACGGCGAUCAACCAGCGACUUGCCCGCGACAACGCAGAGGCUUCCGGGCUCACGGUGGACAACGGAGGGGGUCAGAAGAAGAAACGACCUGACAUUGUCGGCCUGAUGCUACGCGAAAUGAAAGGCGGCGAGAAACUGAGUGAAGGUGAGAUCAUCUCAAACUCCAUCCUUAUCGUCGGAGGCGGAGCAGAGACGACCAGCACAUGCCUAAGUGCCACAUUCUAUCAUCUAUGCAAGACGCCACAUGUGAUGAACAAGCUGAAAAACGAGAUUCGACGGAAUUUCUCCUCCAGCGAUGAAAUCACUGUCAAAGCGACGGCGAACUUACCGUAUCUCAAAGCGACUGUUGAUGAGUCGCUGAGAAUUUUCCCUGUGGCUAGUUACAUCACGCCGCGCCUGACGCCAAAGGAGGGGUAUACUAUCAAUGGGGACUUUAUCGGUGGUAAUGUAGGUUAA